UACGCGUGUACAGCUUGCCGUAGACGCGCUGAAACCUGGGUAAUACAGUCAAAGCGGCGGGAGAGCGGCAAUUUAUUCCCAGAUUUAUGAGCAAUUGAAUGAUAGAAAUAUUGUUUUGGUGAGUAGUGUGAGCCUAGUCCUAUAAGUAAGGCCUGCGUUUCGUGAAAGCACAGGUGUGUGAUCCAUAAUAAUUGUGGUAACCGCUUGUGUUGCGAGAGUGUUGCUUUUUAAGGUUUCCCCGGGAAACUGCCCCUUCUUACCGCUCCAGAAAAUAUGGCGAAGGUACAGGUGUUGAAUGUGGCUGUCCUAGACAACCCGAGUCCUUUCGGAAACCCCUUUCAGUUUGAAAUAACCUUUGAGUGUAUGGAGGACCUUGCUGAAGACCUGGAGUGGAAGAUCAUCUAUGUCGGCUCAGCAGAGAGUGAAGAGUACGACCAAAUCCUCGACUCGGUGCUGGUUGGCCCAGUACCUGCUGGGAGACACAUGUUUGUGUUUCAGGCGGAUGCCCCAAACACUGGAUUGAUUCCUGAAAGCGAUGCAGUUGGUGUUACAGUAGUGCUCAUUACCUGCACGUACCGCAGCCAAGAGUUCAUUCGCAUUGGUUACUAUGUGAACAACGAAUACACAGACCCAGAGCUGCGUGAAAAUCCUCCAAUCAAGCCAGACUACACACAGCUGCAGAGAAAUAUUCUAGCUUCAAACCCACGUGUCACCAGAUUCCAUAUAAACUGGGAAGGCUGCGCAGAGCGAAUGGAAGACUCUGAAAAUGUGGAUCCUUCUUCAAACUCCAUGCUCCCGCCAUCCUGUCUCCCUGGCAAGGCCCCACCUUUGGGUGUACUCCCAGAUAACUCUAUGGACUGCUUAUAAAGAUGACCCCUGCCCUAAAAAGGUGACGAUUCACAGCCCGAAACCUUACUUCUGAACAAUGCCUAUGGACAUUCAAGUGGGAAUAAAGGAUGUGUACACAUCCCUGCCUUAUAGCUGCCCUUUAUUUUCCCGAGACUUCUCAAACAUGAGUUCUCACCCUGGGUUUCAAACAAGCAUUUGUUCCAAGGAAGAUUAUGAGUGUCUGACUGGAAUGAGUGUUAUUUAUAGUUGGAUAGUUCUUUCCAGUGUUGAAAGCAAUAUUGCAGGAAACCUCAAAUAUGAAGCGAUAAAACGGAACUGAAACGUAACAAGGCUGUUGAAUGAUCCACCUUACUUCCUUUCUUGGUGCACAAUGGACUUGUACCUGUUUAUGAAGAUUUCAGCACUGAAGCAAUAGGCAAUUAAAUUGCAGUUUGAUAAUCUGUCAUUAUAUUUGUGUUCAUAGUGCACUUACACUUACUUUUCCCAUUUGACUGUAUGGCUUAUAUCGCUUCAUGUUUUUUUCCUCCUUUUAUUUUGUAAUUUUGUGUUCCAAAUAAAAGAACGGUGAUUUUGUUAUAUCUGUAUGAGUGGGUUUCUAAUAAUUACUUGGAUUCGAUCUCCACUUGUUAGAUAUAGGUAACAAGUGCUAGGUUUAUAAGUAUAUUCCACACCUGUACUUUUAUCAUAUUGCAAGCUCAGUAUCACAAAUACAAGUGUGAGUAUCCCCCUCAUAUUUUCACAUUUUACUAAAAAUAGUAUGUAUUAACGUCACACCCAAUCACAGAUUGCUAUGGUAAAGGGGGUGGCUAGGCCACAGAAACGAAAAACAUUGCACUGCAAAUAUGAGGAUUAUUGCAAAAGCAUCUGAUUUGCUUUCGCUACAAUAAUCUCUCAGAUAAAUAAAGAAAAGCUGUUAAUUUGCAGUCAAAAUCGAAAGACGCGGUAACUGUUAUUGGCAUUUUAGCUACUGGCAAGUCCGGGAGGCGGGACGAAGUCGCUUGACAGUCGAAUCGCAUGAAUGCAAUGAUUCAAUGUGUAGAUGCUGAUCCAAUGAGCGCUCGAAUAGCUACGCCUCGCACGUAAUUGUCUGUGCGCGGGGCCACUCAGAGGCAGGCGAAGGCGGGCCUGGGUGGAUGGAUGACUGGAGUUUCCCUUGCGGUCUGAAGAUUAAUGGAAGGGGUCUGUUGAUCUGAGGAAUCGACUAUCAGGUGGUCGGUCCCAGGAAACCAUUGCACUUGACGGCUUCUUUGGAAACGAAUGAGGAGAAAUCAAGUGGGAUAAGCGCCAUUGUUAAAAAACCCCCGACUAUACUGGACUUUUUUUUUU